AUGGAUCUUGGAGACGGAUCGGUCUGGUGGUCGUCUCUGGUGGUGGAUGAACUGCUCAAAGUACUUGGCGAACCUGAGUCUCCGUGGGCUGGAAGCAUAUCCCUUCCCUUGCUUCCAGGAUGCAUUCCCAAAGACAAUCACCACUUCGGUCUCCUUUGGUGCCUGGUCGAUGACUUGCUUGCACAUCUCGUGGACAGUGCGCUGUCGCUUGCUGUGGAGAUCGAGUCGCUUGAAUCGCCGUCGCCGGGUCAGGCUGAAGUACAGCUGUUUGUCCAGCAUGUCUCCAUCGAACACAUGGCGAAUGUAUCGCAGGAAGGAAGACACCCCGGGGAUCUUGGGACUUGGUGUGGUGCUCAUCCAUUCCUGCAGACCAAGGAUCUUGUGGGUGCUCUGGAUCCACUUGGUCGCCUGGGUGGUGCCACAUCGAUGCUGGUACUCCUUGUUGGAGAACGACACGAUCUUCUCGUUGGCACGCUGUGCCUUGGUCACCUUGACACCGUCUCGCUCCUGGAUGGAUGGUUGACCGGGUGCUCGAAUGACAGCGGUGAAGAUGGAUCCCACACCAGGGUCGAUCCCGAUCCAUGUGGUCCGAGAGUCGUCGAUGGGACCGACCCUGACCUGGAUCCUCUGCUCGGGAGUGAGUGCGCUCGCCUUGUCGUCCUUGUCUGUGGGUUCUGGCUUGACAUCAGGAUCCUUCUUCUCCAGGAUCUUGUAUCUGAGCGUGGUGAUCGAGCACCCGACUCCAUCGGUGGUGAUCUCGCAACCAAAGAGCUGCUUUCCCUCCUCCCUGGCAUCAAAGAGUCUCGGAUCCAGCUUGAAGUUGGUCUGCCAGAAGGUCUCUUGCUUGGUGGUGUCGUUGACCUUGGUCUUCAGGUCGUCCCACUUGAGACCAGUGCCAGUCUGGUAUCCAAGGAUUUCCCACAGUGCUUUGGUGUCGAGCUUGAUGUACUUGGCUCGGGCAUCGCAGAGCGGGACCAAUGUGCACUGUGCUCGAGGGAUGUUGAGACGCUUCUUGGUCUGGGCAAGCCGGUCGGUCAAUCGCUUGAUCCGCUUCGUGUUGACAGUGAUCUGCUUGCACACCUCCUCGUGCUGGGUCUGGAGAUCUUUGAGUCUGUCAGCCCCGAUGUGGUGGAUGGGUUGACACAUCUCUUCGUUCAGUCGCCCACGCUCUCCUUUCAGAUCAUCGGUAUCCCUCGCGAGCCUGGGAAUGAUCAUCUUCUGAAAGACCACCAUGAAGAGGGCCUCCUUCAGGUGGGUCAGGCGAGAGACCUCACUGGCCAGAAUUGGUACGACUUUGUACAGGUCCUGGUGGCUUUCGUACCGAAACUCAUACAACUGGUCGGCAUGGUGGGCGUAGGCUCUCUUCAGAUCAACGAGGAGUGUCUUGGAGAGGGGAUUCUCCAUCAGCUUCAUACACUCAUCGACGGACCUUGGGUGCGGGCAUCUCGACCACGAGGGCUGGGAAGGCAGUGUCGUCACUGGACUCGUCUGGAGGGGGUGCUUGGCUGACCAUUUCAGCGACCGAGGCAGAGCCAGAGGCAGGGCUGCUGUCGACU